UGUGAAUAGUGCGCAUGCGCGUUGGCUAACGGGACACGUCAGGAUCAGAGCUAGUUUAGAGUAAAACUGUACGAGCUGCAAUUUAAGUGCAAAAUGGCCAAUUCUGUAAUUUCUGUGAUUUCCAGGUUCGUGGAUGAGUACGCCAGCAGCACGAGUGCUAAAUUAAAGCUAGUAGACGCGUAUUUGCUGUACAUCCUGCUCACUGGCGUGUUCCAGUUCUUUUACUGCCUGCUGGUCGGAACGUUUCCGUUUAACAGCUUCCUGUCCGGCUUCAUCUCCUGUGUCGGUUCCUUCAUUCUUGCAGUUUGUCUCCGUAUCCAGAUCAAUCCUCAGAACAAAUCAGAGUUCUUAUCCAUCUCACCGGAAAGAGCUUUCGCCGACUUCCUGUUCGCUCACACUGUGCUUCACCUGGUGGUCAUCAAUUUUGUCGGUUGAAGGGAUGCCCUCGUUAACGCGAUCACACGACUGACUGAAGAGAAAGUGACCAAAACCUGCAGUCACCGACUAACCAUAAUGAAGAAUGAAACCCAAACGUUUUUUCCUGCUCUCUUUAUACGAUUGUGAAAGUUUUGAAAUCACUCAGUGCUGGCAAACCUCCCUAAACAGAUAAUUCAGAACAACUUUAAAUUUUUUUUCUUUUUUGUCAUUUCUUAGUGGGGACGUUUAAAGGUGGGAUCAAUACUCUGUCACCAGGAUGGGAAAAAAACUAACUUUUUUUUUUUUUUUACUUGUUAAUCUUUACAAAUAAAUAAUAUGAACCAAAAUAUCA